AGGAGUCACAGGCGUAGGUGUCAUUAGGUUCUCCACUCACCAGGUAACCUGAACCAGGAAUCACAAGCAGAAAAGACAAAACAACAUACAUACAAAGAUUUUUCAUACGCAACAAUAUGCCUUCACUCAACAACGUGCAAACUCUGCGCUGUUUGCAGUGCAUGAAGGAGAUCCAGUGCUCUCCCGUUGACCCUGGCCAGAUGGUGCUCCACAUUCAGCGGGAUCAUCCCGAGGUCUUUGCAGUGGCCAAGGAGAAGAUCAAGAACUUGCACACUCUGAUAGGGAAAAAUUGCGACGGAACAGAUCUCUCUGAGACACAGAUGGCCACGGCGGCAGUCAGCAAUUAUUUAGCCAACAAGAAAAAAAACUGCGGAAGUGCUAACGCCUAUGUGGACAACAACCAUGGCUCCGGGUCCAAGUCCUGUUCCUGUUUCGAAGAAAAGGAGAAGGUGACCCGCAAGCAGAGCUUCAAGGCAUCCAUUACGCACUGGGCGCCGGCGGAGGGCAACAUCUUCUGUCCCAGCUGCGGCUUCAGCCAACGGCCGCUGAUCAAGACCGCCUCGGAGAUGACGGCCACUGGAGCUCUGGCCACCUGCAUCUUCGCCUGCUGGCCCCUGUGCUGCCUGGCGUUCCUAGAGACUCGCGAUUACCUGUACUGCUCCAACUGUCGCGCUUUCCUGGGCAUCUACGACAGGGAGAAGAAAUGCGUGAAGCCCAGCAGGGAGUUCGUGGCCACCAAACCGGGAAGUUGCACGAAUAUUAAGCCGAGCAAUAGUGUUUAAUUUUUUUUUAUAUUUAAUAUAAUCAAAUUGUUCGUGUCAACAAGUAAGUGUAAUGCAAGGGGGGAGAGCUUUCCGCGCAGAGCUUUGCCCUAGUCAAUACAGAAACCACUUGACUUGC